CCUGGUUUUUCAGAUACAAGGAGAGAGCGACUGAAGUCGUUUCUUAGGCUGGCCACAUUCAACCUCUCUCGUGAAGUCGACAAGAUGCAAGAGCCAGUAUUGAAGCUGCAUCAGUUAGAAACACACUUGAGAAGCAGAAGACAACAACCCACUUGCUCGGCUACCUCAUCUGAUGGUGAUGUAGUGGAACGUCCCCAUAAAAAGAUAAAUAUAUUUUCUUCCUCUUCCUCAGUGAGCAUUUCUAAACACAAGAGUCGUGAUCGACUUCAACCAAGUGAAAAUGGUUCUGCUGGUAAAAACAACGAAUCAAAAUUUUCUCAAACGGAUUUGGUAGAAAAGGAUAAAGUUUGUGCUAUUGAGACAAGGUCUGCUCCAUGCCAAAGGCCACAAACGUCCAAGGCCAAUGACCCGUAGAGAAAAGAUGCAGCUUCAUAAACUAAUUCAGAACCUACCGCGAGACAAUCUUGUACGAGUGGUGGGAAUUCUCGG